UGGAUCACCGAGCAGCACCUGAAUGCAGCAACAGAGAGACGAGAGGAGCAGCUAUGAGUUUAACAGCAGCAGCGAGUGGAUUUGUCGUCUUCCUUCUCUCUGUGCCAGUGAUUCAGGGUCAGGCUGGCUGGGGAGUGACUUACUCCUCUACUAAAGUCUGUGCCUUAAGAGGAUCAACAGUCGUACUAAGGUGCACCUACAGCUACCCAUCUACUACUACAGUUCAGAAGUCCUUCUGGUUUACUAAAGUCCAGGAUGGAGAACCUGUAGAUCUGCUAACAGACUCACAGUACACAGGUCGUGUGACCUACAGCUCUAAAUCGAAGGACUCCACUCUGACAAUCACAAAUGUGGGAAAUAGUGACUCAGCUGUUUACAAGUUCAGGUUCAUAACAACCCAGCAACGUGGAAGUUAUACUGGUGAUCCCGGAGUCACUUUGUCCCUCACAGAUCUUCAUGUGAAGGUGGGCACAUCUAGAUAUUCUUCUUCUUGGGCAGAUCUGACGUGUGUCAGCAGUUGUACUCUCCCUCUUCAUUCCUCCUACAUUUGGUUCAAGAAUGGAGAGAAAAUCCCCAGAAAAACACCCUCGACUUACUCAGACUACUUUGAAUAUGCAGACAGCUAUUCCUGUGCUUUACAGGAACACCAGGAUUUCCCCUCUCCUCCAGUGUGUGUUCGUGGUGAAACCUGUAACAGAGUGAAGUACGAUGUCAGAACCAUCUGUGCACCCAAAGGCUCAUCAGUGGACAUUUAUUGUACUUACAACGGUCAUGAAGCGGUCACUUCAAAGUUCUGGUUCAGUCUCUGA